AUGGGUUGCGGCAUGAGUACCGAAGACAAGGAGGGGAAGCAGCGCAAUGAGGAGAUUGAGAACCAGCUCAAGCGCGACAAGAUGAUGCAGCGUAACGAAAUCAAAAUGCUUCUGCUCGGUGCCGGUGAAUCCGGAAAGUCGACCAUCCUGAAGCAGAUGAAGCUCAUUCACGAGGGCGGCUACUCCCGCGACGAGCGCGAGUCGUUCAAGGAGAUUAUCUUCUCCAACACCGUUCAAUCGAUGCGCGUCAUCCUCGAGGCCAUGGAGUCUCUUGAGCUGCCCCUGGAUGACCAGCGUGCCGAGUACCACGUCCAGACGAUUUUCAUGCAGCCCGCCCAGAUCGAAGGCGACAGCCUGCCCCCUGAGGUCGGCAACGCCAUCGGCACCCUCUGGAAAGACCCCGGUGUCCAGUCGUGUUUCUCGCGCUCGCGUGAGUACCAGCUGAACGACUCUGCCAAGUACUACUUCGACUCGAUUGAGCGCAUCUCCGCGCCCGACUACAUUCCCAACGACCAGGACGUCCUCCGGUCCCGUGUCAAGACCACCGGUAUCACCGAAACGACCUUCAUCAUCGGCGAUCUGACCUACCGGAUGUUCGACGUCGGUGGUCAACGUUCCGAGCGUAAGAAGUGGAUCCACUGCUUCGAAAAUGUUACGACGAUUUUGUUCCUGGUCGCCAUUUCCGAGUACGACCAGCUGCUGUUCGAGGAUGAAACGGUGAACCGUAUGCAGGAAGCGCUGACCCUUUUCGACUCCAUUUGCAACUCGCGGUGGUUUGUCAAGACGUCGAUCAUUCUGUUCCUUAACAAGAUUGAUCGCUUCAAGGAGAAGCUUCCUGUCAGCCCGAUGAAGAACUACUUCCCGGACUACGAGGGCGGUGCCGACUACGCCGCUGCCUGCGACUACAUCCUUAACCGGUUCGUGUCGCUCAACCAGCACGAGACUAAGCAGAUCUACACGCACUUCACCUGUGCUACCGACACGAUGCAGAUCCGUUUCGUCAUGGCUGCUGUCAACGAUAUCAUCAUCCAGGAGAACCUGCGCAUGUGCGGCUUAAUAUGA